AUGGAUGGGAUUCCUCCAGAGUACGAUGAGACGACCAAGGAGCGUAUUUACCGUCAGGAGUGGCUAGAGUACUUCCAUUUUAUUGGCUGGGAAGCGGCGCGGAUUAACUAUCCAGCCGAGUUCUACGCCCUUCACCCCUCGCGUGUGGUCAAGGGCGCCGCUAUGAACAACAGUUCCUUGGCGGCUCUUAACCCCGGCGGCGGCUCCAUCUUUUUCCCGAACGCUUCAGACUCCAUGGCCGAUCAGAACCUCUCGAUGAAGCCCCCAGAGGGUCCUAUCGCCACGACGUCGAUGGAAGAGGCAAAGCUGUUCAUCGAUGACGGCGAGCUGAGUAGGUCGAGCGAUGAUGACGAGGGCAGCAGCUGGUUUUCGUCCACCAGCUCCUCGUCGUACACCUCUUCCGUCGACCACGAUGGUGGUACCACGGAUAAUGUUGUAAAGGAUAAAGAUCGUAAACGGAGGAGCCGAAGGGAUGUCGAAGGUAGCGAAAGCAGGCAUCGGCAUCACAAAAGUAGCCACCACCGCCGCGGUCGUGAGCGUGGUGAAGAUGGUGGAAAAGAGGCGCGCCGUCGGGAUGAUGAGCGCGGUGGCUCUCGUCACCACCGCAGGCAUCGUUCCUCAAGCCGGCAUAGUAACCAAAAACAUUCCAAGGAAGACCGCCGGCGGGAUGAAAGUCGACGAGAGCGAAAAGAAUCCCGUCAUGAACAGCGUCCGCAUCGAACGCACCGCAGCUCUCACGAGGAUCAUCACGCUGCCAAGUCACGAAGAGAGCCAGAAAAGCGGAGCCGCGGAGAGGAUGAGCGCACUAAGGCCUAUGAUGAUCGACGGCAAGAUGCGAUACGUAGGAAGCGGGAAACAUCGCGUCGAAAAUAG